GAAAGUGCUGAGGGAGAGCGAGAUCGAUGAGAACUUCAAGCAGCUCUUCAAGCAGCUGGCGGGGCCGGACCUGGAGAUCAGCGUCACCGAGCUGCAGACCAUCCUCAACCGCAUCAUCGCCAAACACAAAGACCUGCGCACCAAGGGCUUCAGCCUGGAGUCCUGCCGGAGCAUGGUGAACCUCAUGGACAAAGACGGGAACGGGAAGCUGGGGCUGGUGGAGUUCAACGUGCUCUGGAACCGCAUCCGCAACUACCUG